GGUUAAAAAAUGCUGUGUGUGCUUAUUUAAUGUGUGUGUGCGUGGUCCGUGAUUCCUUUUCCGUUGUUUCCUCCCCCCACUAAUUUUUUAAGGUUGAUUAAGUUUCAGAUAUGGAUGACGCAAACGAUAUAUACAAAAUAUUAGAUUAUCCUCUUUUCUUUACCAACAUCGAUUGGAACGCCAAUCAAACAAAUAAUUUUGAUCAGUCGAAAUUACCACCAUCAUAUCAUCAUCCUGCCCCGUUUCAGAGACGCCGAAGUUCGUCUGUUGACUUGCCAAUUAAUCCGCUAUAUUCAAAUUCGAACAAACUUUUUGCAGGUGCUGGAGGUGGCAAUAACAACUUGGGCAAUAACGAUUAUUUCAGCGCAAAUCAUGCUACCAUACUAGAAGAGCCACUUUUUCCAACUCAAACUAGCAAUAGCAAGAUAGGCUUUUCGUCUACCCUCGAAUUUCCCAAUGUAAUUCAACAAGGUGUUCAAUUCAACCCGAACUUUGUUAAUAAUCAGCAACAACCACAAAGCAACAACUUAUUUAUUGAAGGAGAGGAUGGAUCGCCUUCUUUGUCAACGUAUUCUGCUUCUACGAACAAUGACGAGCACAUGAUAUCGCCUCCACUGAGUAAUAAGAGUUCUAUGGACUCACAUAUUUCUCCAACUGCGCAGCAGCAACUUCUUCCUCAUCAUCCUGUACAACACCACCCAUUUGAUCCACACGUAUCCAUACCACCACAUCAAGCACAGCCUUAUUCACAACAACCGCAAUCCCAACAGCCACAACCACGACCACUAGCACCGGCUCCGCUGCAACAACAACAACAACAACAACAACAACAACAACCACUGCAGCCUCAUGUACAACCUCCUUUCGAAGAAUCACAGCAACAACAGCAGGCAUUCACUUUUUUCCCUGAACUUCAGCGUACAUCUUAUAACACCUUUUUAGGAAAACAGCUACGACAGCAUACGAAAAGAAGAAGAUCGUCUUCUUUGCCACCUGCUUUUCAUGCAACAUCGGCUGCAGCAGUGUAUAAUCAACAACAGAAACAGCAACAGCAACAACAACCACCAACGCAGAAACUGAAAAAUGACAGAUUCCAUUAUGUAACAAUUAACAAAGAUGGCAAUACAACUACUUCUACUACAAAUGCACUCAAUAAUAAACCACUCGCUUCAUCAGCCAAGAACAAUAGUACUGGUAGAAAACAUAUGCCUGUGAUAUUUACAAAAAUUCAAGUCACCGAUCCUACGCCUGUGAUUCAUACCCAAAAAGCAGUUAAAGUGGUAGAUGCCCGGCCUAUUGCUAUUGAACGUAUACCAAACAAAAAACACACUUUGUUACAGCAAAAAAAGACCGAAACCGAACAAAGUAUUGCAGACAAAAAAAAGAAAUUAGACGAUGAAUUGGUUCAUUUGAAUUUCGAAGAUAUUACUGUAGCAGAAUUGAAAGAUAUGUUGAAAGAUCGUGGCUUAUCCUGUACUGGUAAAAAGCAAGUUUUGGUAGAACGACUAAAAGAAGAACGCGAUAGAGUGAUUUGCCCAACGGCUGCAACAAUAUCUGCAACAGAGGAGGAAAACAACGGCAGUAAUAGUGGCGAGCAACAACAACAACAACUCAUCCCAAUGUCAACAGAUGAGCCUGCAAAGCCAACUGCCCGUUCAGUGGCUGCUAAAACAGUUGGCAAUACUAUUUCUGCAUCCCCAGCCAUAAGAGGUAUGGCUAAUAUGACGCUCGGUUCACCUAAACCAAACAAUAAAAGCUUGUUCCCACCUAUUCAUAAUGCAGAAGACAAAAUAAAAGCGGAACAGUCGAUCCAUCCGUCGGAUACGACGAAGCAAUUGUCUAAUGAUGAUAACGCUACAGUGAAAAGUGGCACCGCAACAAGUACAUUGGAUGGGUAUAACGCCGGCGUAUCACCGGAAGAACAGCAACUUCAAAUUGAUAAUAUGGACUUAUUCGAUUUUGAUAUGUUUAAUAACACUUUUGAGCAGGACCAGCAAAAUAUGCACUGGACGCCAACAGAAGAAAAUAAAAUCGAUUGGGAUCGCUUUCUGACAGGAGAGUUAGUUUAAUAAAUCAUUCAAUAAUUCUUUCGAUGUAAUCAAUUUAUCUAUUUGCACAGGCACCAAUUUUUUCAGAAAUAAAUGUUCGAAACUUUUCACUAAGCUUGGAAUAACAUCUUUAGUUGUGAUGGUCUC